AUUUAAGUCCCGCCUAUGUCUGCAGUUUUGUCCAAUCAGAGAACGGAAAUCCCGUCUAAUAUACAUAAUUUGUGAUGCAUCCUGGGGAAAAUGACGUCAUUUUUAGUACACGAAAGGGUCACAAAGAAGUGUGGUCUCGCCGUAGAAAGCACGGUACAUAAAUGAAAGGUUUUAGUUAUAUUUUUAUACAAGUUUGUACAUUUUAUAGUGCUCUAUUCUCUUUACCGUGAUGCCGGCAAGCCUGCUAACGGAUAUGAACUCAAACAGUGGCGGCUUAGAGGACCAAAGGGCCUUACAAAUCGCCCUGGAAUUGUCUAUGUUAGGAAUCAGUUCUGAAGAUGAGAGUAGACGACACAUAGCCGAACAAUUGGACUCUGAAAAAGACAAAAAAAGUGCAAACAUGACAGAAUGUGUUCCUGUACCUAGCUCCGAACAUGUAGCAGAAAUCGUUGGGAGACAAGGUUGUAAGAUCAAAGCUCUACGUGCCAAGACCAAUACGUACAUCAAGACCCCAGUACGGGGAGAAGAACCAGUUUUCGUUGUGACAGGCCGUCGCGAGGACGUAGCGCUAGCCAAACAUGAGAUCUUAUCUGCAGCUGAACAUUUUAGUCAAAUCCGAGCAACAAGGCGUAACAAUCAGCAGGGUGGUACACCCUCACCCCCAGGCUCCAUAGCCCAAGGACCCCCUAGCCCUAACACCCCAGGUCAAGUGACAAUCCAGGUACGCGUACCCUACCGUGUAGUCGGCCUGGUGGUCGGGCCCAAGGGGGCGACAAUCAAACGUAUCCAACAACAAACCAACACCUACAUUGUAACCCCCAGUCGCGACAAGGAGCCUGUCUUUGAGGUCACUGGGCUCCCGGAAAAAGUGGAGAAAGCACGUAAUGAGAUAGAGAGCCACAUUGCCAUGCGUACAGGAGGUGCCCUGGAGAAUGGUGCCAAUGAUGUUGAUGAUUUCCAUAGCAACGGUGUCGAUUCUGGAUUCCAUGAACUGAGCAAUGACUACCUAACCAUGUACAAGGCUCCAAGCUCAACCUCAGCCUUCUCUACCUAUAACGGCCAGAGCAGCCACAGCAAUAACCAUAUCGACUCAAAUAACAUUUUUACAUUUCCGCCAACAAAUGGCCACCCUGCCAAAAUCUCAGUAAGUGGGCUUACCAACGGUUUCACAACCACCAAUGGUUUCUAUGACAACGAUGAAGGGAUCGCUUCGCCAACAUUUGAUCAGAUGAUUGUUCCACCUCCUGCAUCUGUAUGGUCUGACCUCGGCGACCAGCACUCAAACGUCAGUAUGUUUGGUGGCACCCAGCCCACCGCCACCUUGCCACAGCGGAGUAGCAGUCUCAAUGAAAACGCCAUUACGACCUCUCGCCUCUCACCCACCUUAACUGAUUCCACAAAUGGCGUACACGACCAUCCAUCUGUUCGUCGCAUGCGUAGUGACCCGUUAAGCGGCGGCAUGGUCUACCAUAAUGGCUUCCACAGCGCGGUGUCAAGCGGUAGUUCUUCCACUAGUCCCACAGAGUCUCUAGGAUCUCGUAUCGGGCGCACAUGUUGCGUCUGUACCAAGCACGAUAUUGUUGCGGCACUGGUGCCGUGUGGCCACAACAUGUUCUGUCUAGACUGUGCCAACCUGGUUCUCAGCCAACCGGAGAGUGAGCGACAGUGCCCAAUUUGCCAUCAGUUGCCGACUCAGGCAAUACGUAUAUUUUCAUAACCCAGCAUACACACAAAGGCCAACAGCCAGCCCCGGGGUGAUUCCCCAUCGUGCCUCACCCCCUAGAUCAUAUUUGACAUAUAUGCAUGCCAUAUAUCAGAGCCGCGCCCAGGAUGCUACUUAAUUAUCAAACCCAUUAUAUAUUACUUGCAAAUCCUGGGCAUGUCUCCAUAUUAUUUUUUCAUUUUUAUUAUAAGGCCUUGAUAGGGCCAACAUAUAUGCAAGGUGUUGUGUUGUGACAAUGUUCUCCUCAGCUUUAAUCUUGGCCUGGGGGGUAAGGCGGGGUGUGGCUUACCCCAGGGGUGGCUGUCAGCGGUGCUAAAUCAUACUAUAUAUACAUAAAUAUAUAUCAUGAGAUUAUAUGACAAAUUGAUGACAGAUAAAUUAGUAAUUGAAAUAGUCUAGUUAAAACAGAAUGGAUAUUGUAGCGUAGUAUCAGGAGUAUUAUAUAAUAUAAAGAGCACAAAGUAUUUUAUUCUUCGACAAUGUGAACAAAUAUGAAUAGGUAUAAAUACGUAUUUCAUAAAUACAUAAGAUGUUUAAAAUCAUAUUAUUAUCCUAAUUUAAUUGAAGCUAUAUAUUAUUAUUAUAUUAUAUUAAUUUUAUUACGAGUUAGUAUAUAGUGUAUGAGUGUUAUGUGCUUUAUAGAGAGCGAACCGCUCUAUUUGUGACUAGCCGCAGCUGUGUCGUGAACGUAUAUAUUAUAAUAAUAAGAAAUAAUAUAUUAUUUUGCAGUUUUGUGUUACACUAUAGUGGAGCUAUAUGAUACGUAUAAAUUAUGAGAUUUGGUUUUAAAUUCUAUUUUAUCAGCAAUGAAUGUUUUAUAUGACAUGGUAAAGAUAUAGUGUUUAUUUUAUUCUAUUGUGAUGUCACAUUGAUGAUGUCAUGGCUAUUUAUAAAGGGCUGCAGAGUCACAAUAGAUCUGCAGUUAUAAUAUAUUAUUUGUAUAAAAGACGUCAACGAAAAUAGCAAUUGGGAAAUUGCACUCCUACAUGGACAUAGUUUAGUACCAUUAGUAUUUUCUAUUUUAAUAUUAUUAUUUAUGACAUUGUAUUGUACCAUAAAAAAGGACAGAGUGCAAGUUUAAACACAAAUGUAACCUAAAUCGCGCAAAGAUAUUUUUUAUUUUAGUAAUAAGACCACUUGCCCAGAGGGGGUCAAUAUUAUAUAUGCUGACAAGAGUAUAAGAAUUGUAAGACUUUAUUUUUCUGCUAUUAAAGUAAAAGUUCUACUACAA